AUGUUUUUACAUAAUCAUUUAUUUUCUAAUGGCUUAUAUAAUAGAUCAAUUGAAGUUGUACUGGAAAUUCUUGAUGAAGAAAAUAUGAUAGUUGCAUUUCCAUUAACACAGGAAAUUUCUGGUGGAAGUUUAGUACACAAGCGAGAUGUAAAAACAGCUCUUUUUAUAAAAUGA